GUAUUGACUAUUCAGCCCCCUCAAAAAAAAAAACCUCCCCCAUUCUCUUCUCUCCCAUUCUCAUCUGUCGCACCGCCGAUGCCCUGCCGUGUCCACCUGGCCGCGCCGUGGCUUGCGUUGUCACCUCGCCGCGACACUGCCACCGUGCCCGCCUUGCCGCGAGUCGACGCUGCCGCGGUCACCACCUCAUCGAGAUUCGCGGCGCCGCUGCCGCCGUCACCACAUCAUCGAGAUUCGCGGCGCCGCUGCCGUGCGCACGCUUAGAAUCCUCUCUCUUUCAUGGCCAUGUUUUUUCUUCUGGGAAGCCAAUGUAGCUGAUGUAUAUAGCGGUUAAAAUGUUAUCAACUAGGUUGCUGAACAUAUGCAUUACCUCCUUUUGUAAGUCACGGGAUUUGGCAAAAGCUGAAGCAGUUAUUGUUGAUGGUAUAAGAUUAGACAUACUUCCAGAUGUGGUAACUUACAAUGCUUUGGUCGAUGCAUACUGUCGGAUUGUUGGACUGGAUGCAGCUUAUUCGAUUCUUCAAAGAAUGAGAGAAGCUGGGAUAACCCCAGAUGUUGUUACUUACAAUUCUUUGAUUGCUGGGGCUGCUAGGAGGUGCCUUUUAUCACGAGUUUUGGAUUUUUUCGAUGAAAUGCUUCGAGCAGGCAUUCGUCCGGAUGUAUGGAGCUACAAUACUCUAAUGCAUUGUUUCUUUAAAGUAGGAAAGCCAGAUGAAGCCAAUGCGAUUUUUCGGGAUAUCAUACUUAGCGAUUUUCUUCCCUGUGCAACUACGUUCAACAUUAUGCUAAAUGGUCUCUGUAAAAAUGGCUACAUCAACAAUGCCCUUAUGCUAUUUAGGAAUUUAGAGCAUCAUGGAUUCGUUCCACAGUUAGUGACAUGCAAUAUCCUUAUCAAUGGCCUUUGCAAGGCGCGGAGAUUGAGGGCGGCUAGGAAAAUUCUCCGAGAGCUUGGGGAAUCCGGUAUUGAACCCAAUUCCAUCACCUACACUACGGUUAUGAAAUGUUGUUUAAUGUCAAAGCAAUAUCAACAAGGGCUUGAGAUCAUGUCGCUAAUGAAGAACAAAGGAUAUGCCUUUGAUGGCUUUUCAUAUUGCACGAUUAUUUCUGCUUUAGUCAAAACGGGUAGGAUGGAAGAGGCAAAUAGCUACAUCGAAGAGAUGAUGACGAAUGGCAUUGAGCUUGAUCUCGUGUCUUACAACACUUUAAUUAACUGGUAUUGUAAAGAAGGUGAUUUGGAAACUGCUUAUAAGCUGUUGCACGAAAUAGAGAAAGGAGGUUUGGAAUGUGAUAAGUAUACCCACACAAUUAUAAUAAAUGGAUUGUGCAAGGCUGGUAAUAUUGAGUGUGCUCUACGACAUUUAGAAUAUAUGUGUACAAUGGGCUUUGAUUCAAACGUGGUAGCGUUCAACUGCUUGAUUGAUGGAUUGUGUAAAUCUGGUCAGAUUGAUCGUGCAAUAAAGUUGUUUGAAUCAAUGGAGGUCAGGGAUUCCUUUGCUUAUACCUCAUUAGUGUGCAAUCUUUGCAAGGUGAAAAGGUAUAAGUGUGCAGCCAAGCUCCUGCUAUCUUGUUUAAAAGAUGGCAUGAAAGUACUCAGGUCUGCUCGACGGGCUGUUCUUGAUGGUCUUCGUGGAUCGGGGCUUAUACACGAGGCAAAUAAGCUUAAGUUGGAAUUAAGAAUGGCUCAGAUAUUACACUAAUUCUGUCUGGCUAAGAUAUUACGCUGACGACUUGGACAUAAUUUUUUCAAAGAUAUGCUGGAAUUUGGCCUUAACUGACCACAUGGUUACAUUAUAAGGAAUUCUGUUCCAAGUGUCAGUAGUGUUGGGCUAAUAUUAUUGCACCAAGAUAAGAUACAUGUGAGCAAUAGUAACUACUGGUGCUGAAACUAAAUUGGUGAAGUGUGCGUAAUUUAUUGCUCUGGCGCGUGCAUUGUUGAUCUGGAAGCGGGUGUCUGGUUCAUAGGCUAAAAGUUAAUCAAAAAAUUUGACACAUUUGUAGGUCAGGCUGUAAAGAAAUUCAUGGAACUUUAAUUACAAGGUCAAAUCGAUGGGCGUGAGAGGAGCAUCUAUACCUUGCCUGAUGAUGGCUGAUAGGCUUUAUUCAAGUUCAAAUGGACGAGAGAUCUUGAAAAUUUUGUCACACAAACAUGCAUAUAUAUUAUUUGUUCCCUUCUUCCUUUCCAGGAACAUAUUUCAUUUAACCUGUGAUACUGAGAAGUUCUACUGAUAGAGCCUUUGUUAUAUUUUAUCAGGAAAAGUAGUAAUUGAGAAUGUCUAGCGCCAGGAACUCUAAUCCCAUCUGACAGGGAAGAUUGGCAAUUGUGGCCUAGUUCUGAAUUAGCAUGGUUUUGACAAAGGGAUUUAUUUAAUAAAAUGAUCAUAUACAUCUUAUGGUCCUAUAGUAGAGGACUCAACAUUUAUGCGCACAUUAUUCUAACCGUUCUAUAGAAAUUUGGUAUUCUUUAUCUUUUAUGUGUGGUAUUUUCCUUCGCCACUCU